AGCGACAGUUUCCUGUUCUCUCUGACUCUCCUCUCCUCCAUCUCUCUAUCCACCUGUUUCUCUGUCUGUCUGUCUGUGGAUCUCUGAGUGACAGCCAUCAUGUUCGUUGCUCCACCUGGCUACCAGCCCGUCUACAACCCUGUGAGUAGCAUGUCUCCUUGUCUAGUGCAUAUAGAUAUUAUAGAUAUUGUCUGGAUCUACCAUUCUGCAGGGUUGGGAGGUCAUUUCCAUUUCAAUUCCAGUCAAUUCAGGAAGUACACUGAAAUUCCAAUUUCAAUUCUCUUCAAUGCUUGGAAUUUGGUUUACUUUCUGAAUUGACUGAACCCCAACCAUUGGCUGUCUGUAUGUAACAACCGUCUUCAUUUAUUUGUUUUCACAUUUUUACUCUACCUACUUCAAAAAGUUUGCAGACUGCCUUGCAUCUAUACUUGUGUAUAGUUGUUGAAUUGUUAUCACUGUGUGUUGUGUGCAGUGUAUCCCCUAUGUGGGGCCGAUCUACGGCGGGCUGAGAUCAGGGAUGUCUAUUUACAUCCAGGGAGUCAUCCCCCACGAGAUCACCAGGUGAGACUCACAGCCUCUGAGGAUUGGAAGAAUGUUACACACAUCAGAUUGUAACGUUUGAAGGGCGACAACAAGGGAAUUUUGUUUACACAUUCUUAAAUUGUGGGAUCUGUAUCAACGAUGAUGUGCUGGACACAAAAUGAUAUUGUUCUUCGCCUUAUUGUUUUAAUGCGAAUUAGCGUUUGAUGGAUUACAAAAAAAAAAUAAUAGUAUUGCAUCAUUGCUUGGUGGGUUGAGUAUUCCAAAACAACCAGGUGCCCUUGGAGAGGAAUAGUUCCAGACAUCCUAACCACUAAUAGGUGGUCAGUCCAAGUCCAGGCGCUCUUGUGGGUUUGAAAGUUUAAAAGCCUUUAAUGUGUGGGCUAAGUCACUCUUAAAAUGCACCAGCACGUAACGGCUAACGCCUUCAUCAACGUGUCGGAUACAAUGUGAUGGAGAAACAAUUAUAUAGCCACGACACACCUGUGUCAGGUGAUCACAGGUAAUUAUAUAGCCACGACACACCUGUGUCAGGUGAUCACAGGUAAUUAUAUAGCCUUGACACACCUGUGUCAGGUGAUCACAGGUAAUUAUAUAGCCUUGACACACCUGUGUCUGGUGAUCACAGGUAAUUAUAUAGCCACGACACACCUGUGUCAGGUGAUCACAGGUAAUUAUAUAGCCACGACACACCUGUGUCAGGUGAUCACAGGUAAUUAUAUAGCCACGACACACCUGUGUCAGGUGAUCACAGGUAAUUAUAUAGCCUUGACACACCUGUGUCAGGUGAUCACAGGUAAUUAUAUAGCCUUGACACACCUGUGUCAGGAGAUCACAGGUAAUUAUAUAGCCUUGACACACCUGUGUCAGGAGAUCACAGGUAAUUAUGUAGCCUUGACACACCUGUGUCAGGUGAUCACAGGUAAUUAUAUAGCCUUGACACACCUGUGUCAGGUGAUCACAGGUAAUUAUAUAGCCUUGACACACCUGUUUCUGGUGAUCACAGGUAAUUAUAUAGCCUUGACACACCUGUGUCUGGUGAUCACAGGUAAUUAUAUAGCCUUGACACACCUGUGUCAGGUGAUCACAGGUAAUUAUAUAGCCUUGACACACCUGUGUCAGGUGAUCACAGGUAAUUAUAUAGCCUUGACACACCUGUGUCAGGAGAUCACAGGUAAUUAUAUAGCCUUGACACACCUGUGUCAGGAGAUCACAGGUAAUUAUGUAGCCUUGACACACCUGUGUCAGGUGAUCACAGGUAAUUAUAUAGCCUUGACACACCUGUGUCAGGUGAUCACAGGUAAUUAUAUAGCCUUGACACACCUGUUUCUGGUGAUCACAGGUAAUUAUAUAGCCUUGACACACCUGUGUCUGGUGAUCACAGGUAAUUAUAUAGCCUUGACACACCUGUGUCAGGUGAUCACAGGUAAUUAUAUAGCCUUGACACACCUGUGUCAGGUGAUCACAGGUAAUUAUAUAGCCUUGACACACCUGUGUCAGGAGAUCACAGGUAAUUAUAUAGCCUUGACACACCUGUGUCAGGAGAUCACAGGUAAUUAUGUAGCCUUGACACACCUGUGUCAGGUGAUCACAGGUAAUUAUAUAGCCUUGACACACCUGUGUCAGGAGAUCACAGGUAAUUAUGUAGCCUUGACACACCUGUUUCUGGUGAUCACAGGUAAUUAUAUAGCCUUGACACACCUGUGUCUGGUGAUCACAGGUAAUUAUAUAGCCUUGACACACCUGUGUCAGGUGAUCACAGGUAAUUAUAUAGCCUUGACACACCUGUUUCUGGUGAUCACAGGUAAUUAUAUAGCCUUGACACACCUGUUUCUGGUGAUCACAGGUAAUUAUAUAGCCUUGACACACCUGUGUCUGGUGAUCACAGGUAAUUAUAUAGCCUUGACACACCUGUUUCUGGUGAUCACAGGUACUUCCUCUAUUGGCCACUAGGGGCCGGCAUAAUAACAACACAGUAUAUCUUAAGCAAAAAAGAACAGAAAAUGAACUAUUUACAAUGCAUACACAGGAAAAAUACAUUUUACACUAGGCAGAUGGUGGAAUAAUGGACGUUGUCAUUAAAUAACCCACAGAGUGUAGUUACUUGUCUGGCUCUAGUAGGUUAUCAGAUGAUGACAACUGAAACUAGAAAACUCUCUCAUUCCAGCUAUGCUCUGAACAAAAAUAGAAACGCAACAUGUAAAGUGUUGGUCCCAUGUUUCAUGAGCUGAAAUAAAACAUCCUAGAAAUCUUCCAUACGCACAAAAAAGUUUAUUUCUUUCAGAUUUUGUGAACAAAUGUGUUUACAUCCCUGUUAGUGAGCAUUUCUCCUUUGCCAAGGUAAUCCAUCCACCUGACAGGUGUAGCAUAUCAAGAAGCUGAUUAAACAGCAUGAUCAUUACACAGGUGCACCUUGUGCUGGGGACAAUAAAAGGCUACUCUACAAUGUGCAGUUUUGUCACACAACACAAUGCCACAGAUGUCUCACGUUUUGAGGGAGUGUGCAAUUGGCAUGCUGACUGCAGGAAUGUCCACCAGAGCUGUUGCCAGAGAAAUUAAUAUUUAUUUCUCAACCAUAAGCUGCUUCCAAUGUCAUUUUAGAGAAUUUGGCAGUACGUCCAACCAGCCUCACAAACGCAGACCACGUGUAACCACGCCAGCCCAGGACCACAUUCACCUGCGGGAUCGUCUGAGACCAGCCACCCGGACAACGAAUGAAACUCUGGGUUUGCACAACCGAAGAACUUCGGCACAAACUGUCAGAAACUGUCUCAGGGAAGUUCAUCUGCAUGCUCGUCGUCCUCACCAGGGUCUUGACCUGACUGCAGUUCAGAGUCAUAACCGACUUCAGUGGGCAAAUGCUUACCUUUUGCUGACCACUGGCACGCUGGAGAAGUGUGCUCUUCAUGGAUGAAUCCCGGUUUCAACUGUACCGGGCAGAUGGCAGACAGCUUGUAUGGCGUCGUGUGAGUGAGCAGUUUGCUGAUGUCAACGUUGUGAACAGAGUGCCCCAUGGUGGUGGUGGGGUUAUGGUAUGGGCAGGCAUAAGCUACAGACAACGAACACAAUUGCAUUUUAUCGAUGGCAAUUUGAAUGCACAGAGAUACCGUGACGAGAUCCUGAGGCCCAUUGUCGUGCCAUUCAUCCGCCGCCAUCACCUCAUGUUUCAGCAUGAUAAUGCAUGGCCCCAUGUCGAAAGGAUCUGUACACAAAUCCUGCAAGCUGAAAAUGUCCCAGUUCUUCUAAGGCCUGCAUACUCACUCCAGACAUGUCACCCAUUGAGCAUGUUUGGGAUGCUCUGGAUCCACAUGUAAGACAGCGUGUUCCAGUUCCAGCCAAUAUCCAGGAACUUCGCACAGCCAUUGAAGAGGAGUGGGACAACAUUCCACAGGCCAUAAUUAACAGCCUGAUCAACUCUAUGCGAAGGAGAUGUGUCACACUGCAUGAGGCAAAUGGUGGUCACACCAGAUACUAACUGGCUUUCUGAUCCACGCCCCUACCUUUUUUUUUUUAAAGGUAUCUGUGACCAACAGAUGCAUAUAUAUAUUCCCAGUCAUGUGAAAUCCAUAGACUAGAGCCUAAUGAAUUUAUUUCAGUUGACUGCUUUCCUUACAUUAUAUUUUUGUUUAUGAUGCAAAUCUGCUGCAGUGGGGGGAGUGCUCCACCCCUCUUCCUCCUGAAUGUACCAAGUGUCUAGUUACAAUGACUAAUGUACGUUGAAAGAACAUUCUCUGCCUCUCAGCCUGCUGACUAUGUUAUAACAAGGAGGUUUACCCUUGUGCUAUCAGAGAGAGGGCAGGGCACAGGCGCACACACACACACAGGCACACACACACAUACACACACACACACACACACACACAUACACACACACACAGGCACACACACACAUACACACACACACAGGCACACCUUUAUCAGAAGUGCAUCCCUCCUCUGUGUAUUUUUCAGACAACAGUCAGUCCUAUCAGUUAUGUUAGAACACAAUGAGACCUUAACAGUAAGAGCCCUUGGUGUGGUAUAUAAAGGGUCAUUCCAGGAAAAGAGUGCCUUUUGUGUCCCUUUGAUAUGUUCAGUAGAAAUUGUGCACCAACAUUGAAUUUUAACAGCCUGUUAAUAUUAAAUUAAGUGCUCUUUAAUAUACACCACACGGAGGAGUCAGUAAAUCUGAUUUUUAAUAUGAAUAAAGGCUUGCUAAUGUGCCAAAGUUCUGCAUUUUGCCAUGUCCCUCCGUCAACCCCAUGUCACUUCUAGGAAGAUUUUAAUCCCAACAUUUCUCCAAGUUUCACCAUCAUUGAAAAGCCCUAGUUAUUUUGUUGCUUUGACAUUUAUAUAAUGUGAUUAGUGCUUUAUUUGUGUCUGUCCCUCAAUCAUGUUACGUGAACUGAACUCUCAUUUUAACAGCGUGAAAGUAUUCCUUAAUUAUUAUUAUUUUUAAAUAAUCAUAGUUCUACUCUUUUUGGCAAUUUUUCUGGUGUUUUGUGGUGGAAAACUGAGCGGAAAGAGCAUAACACGUCAUCCCUGUUACUCAUAGAUAGACAGGCUAGAAAUGUAUUAGCAAUGUUAGUUUUUUUUGUGAAGCUUGCAUUCAAUUGCCACUUCCUGUUGCACACAACAAGAUUCCAUUCCCCCUGUCACAAGGGGAUUUAUGGCUGAUUUAAGAUGAAGUCAUCAACCCUGAUACGGUCAAUCCUGUUAUGGUCAACCCUGUUACUUUAUUUGGCACUUAAUGUUAACCUCUACGGGAUCGGUGACCCUUGCUCAAUAUGCAAUAUGUGACUAGAAUGGUGAUGUAAACAACAGCCAACUUUCCGGGACAUAGACAUGUCUUAUAAGGGCAGAAAGCUUAAAUUCUUGUUAAUAUAACUGCAGUGUCCAAUUUACAGAAGCUAUUACAGCUAAAAAAAAAAAUACCAUGCACCUCUGAAGGUAAAUAAUGUACUUACAUUCAGUAAUCUUGCUCUGAUUUGUCAUCCUGAGGGUCCCAGAGAUAAAAUGUAGUGUAGUUUUGUUUGAGAAAUCAAUUUUUAUAUUCAAAUGUAGGAACUGGGUUCUACAGUUUGACCUCUGACUCCACACCCACCCCGCCCGGGCCACCUAGAUGUGUGAGGGUUAGUGUCUUUUCUGUAGGGAAGCUAAUGAUCCGUCAUUUAUGACAUACCUGGGAGUGUGCAAACUUAAAUGUUGUAUUACCAUAGCAUUUUUGUAUGUUCUCUAUAGUUAUUGACUUGAAAACCAAUUCAGCACAUUUGGGAAAACUCCUGGCAGAUUUGAUACAAAAUGUUGUGUAGUGAUGUAAAUCUUCACUGGUCAGUCUGAAACUUUGCACACACACUGCUGCCAUCUGGUGGACAACAUUUAAAUUACAUCUAGAAUCCCCCAUCACUGUCUGGCCUUUCUCUUGCAUUUCAAAGAUCAUGCAACCAUUUUUUUAAUAGAAUACGCAUGUUUUUUUGUUUGUAUUAUCUUUUACCAGAUCGAAUGUGUUAUUCUCCUACAAAAAUUUCACAUUUCCACAAACUUCAAAGUGUGUCCUUUCAAAUGAUAUCAAUAAUAUGCAUAUCCUUGCUUCAGGUCCUGAGCUACAGGCAGUCAUUUUAGGCGAAAAUUGAAAAAAAAGGGUCCGAUCCAUGUAACGUAACCAGGAAAAACUUUAGGCCUUAAUUAAAAUGCUCUGGAGUUUUGUCUGGUCAGCUCUAAUGGUUAGGAAAAACUCAAGACCUGUGUUACCGGUGUUACCUGUUUCCGAUCUGUUCAUUCUAUGUCCUCUCUAGGUUCCACAUUAAUCUGCAGUGUGGGGAAUUUGAGGGCAGUGACAUCGGCUUUCACUUCAGCCCUCACUUCAAAGGAUGGGACAAGGUGGUGUUCAACAGCUGCCAGGAAGGGGAAUGGGGAUCAGAGGAGAAGACCCACAACAUGCCUUUUAGCAAGGGAGACGCCUUCGAGAUGGUCAUCAUCAUCAACCAGGAGGGUUACCAGGUCAGAUAUAGAUAAUAUAUAGUAAUAUAUACUGUAUAGAUACUGUGUAGAUAUAGUAAUAGAUAUAGAUGUAGCUAUAGAUUCUGUAUAGAUAUAGAUACUGUAUGGAUAUAGAUAAAGAUACUGUAUAGAUAUAGUUAUAGACUGUAUCGAUAUAGAUAUAGAGACUGUAUAGAUAUACAGUGGGGGAAAAAAGUAUUUAGUCAGCCACCAAUUGUGCAAGUUCUCCCACUUAAAAAGAUGAGAGAGGCCUGUAAUUUUCAUCAUAGGUACACGUCAACUAUGACAGACAAAUUGAGGAAAAAAAAUCCAGAAAAUCACAUUGUAGGAUUUUUAAUGAAUUUAUUUGCAAAUUAUGGUGGAAAAUAAGUAUUUGGUCACCUACAAACAAGCAAGAUUUCUGGCUCUCACAGACCUGUAACUUCUUCUUUAAGAGGCUCCUCUGUCCUCCACUCGUUACCUGUAUUUAUGGCACCUGUUUGAACUUGUUAUCAGUAUAAAAGACACCUGUCCACAACCUCACAGUCACACUCCAAACUCCACUAUGGCCAAGACCAAAAAAAAAAAAACUCAACUCACAUGUGACAGACGUGACAGAGUCUGGAGACGCCGUGGAGAACGUUCUGCUGCCUGCAACAUCCUCCAGCAUGACCGGUUUGGCGGUGGGUCAGUCAUGGUGUGGGGUGGCAUUUCUUUGGGGGGCCGCACAGCCCUCCAUGUGCUCGCCAGAGGUAGCCUGACUGCCAUUAGGUACCGGGAUGAGAUCCUCAGACCACUUGUGAGACACUUGUGUAUGUUAACACCAUAUGCUGGUGCGGUUGGCCCUGGGUUCCUCCUAAUGCAACACUAUGCUAGACCUCAUGUGCCUGGAGUGUGUCAGCAGUUCCUGCAAGAGGAAGGCAUUGAUGCUAUGGACCGCCUGUUCCCCAGACCUGAAUCCAAUUGAGCACAUCUGGGACAUCAUGUCUCGCUCCAUCCACCAACGCCACGUUGCACCACAGACUGUCCAGGAGUUGGCGGAUGCUUUAGUCCAGGUCUGGGAGGAGAUCCCUCAGGAGACCAUCCGCCACCUCAUCAGGAGCAUGCCCAGGCGUUGUAGGGAGGUCAUACAGGCACGUGGAGGCCACACACACUACUGAGCCUCAUUUUGACUUGUUUUAAGGACAUUACAUCAAAGUUGGAUCAGCCUGUAGUGUUGUUUUCCACUUUAAUUUUGAGGGUGACUCCAAAUCCAGACCUCCAUGGGUUGAUACAUUUGAUUUCCAUUGAUAAUUUUUGUGUGAUUUUGUUGUCAGCACAUUCAACUAUGUAAAGAAAAAAGUAUUUAAUGAGAUUAUUUCAUUCAAUCAGAUCUAGGAUGUGUUGUUUAACUGUUCCCUUUAUUUUUUUGAGCAGUGUAGUAAUAGACUGUAUCGAUAUAGAUUGUGUAUGGAUAUAGAUACUGUAUAGAGAUAGAUACUGUAUAGAGGUAGAUAUACAGUACCAGUCAAAUGUUUUAGAACACCUACUCAUUCAAGGGUUUUUCUUUAUUUUUUACUAUUUUCUACAUUGUAGAAUAAUAGUGAAGACAUCAAAACUAUAAAAUAACACAUAUGGAAUCAUGUAGUAACCAAAAAAGUGUUAAACACAAAUAGCCACCCUUUGCCUUGAUGAAAGCUUUGCAUACUCUUGGCAUUCUUUCAACCAGCUUCACCUGGAAUGCUUUUCCAACAGUCUUGAAGGAGUUCCCACAUAUGCUGAGCACUUGUUGGCUGCUUUUCCUUCACUCUGCCGUCCGACUCAUCCCAAACCAUCUCAAUUGGGUUGAGGUCAGGGGAUUGUGGAGGCCAGGUCAUCUGAUGCAGCACUCCAUCACUCUCCUUCUUGGUAAAAUAGCCCUUACACAGCCUGGAGGUGUGUUGGGUCAUUGUCCUGUUGAAAAACAAAUGAUAGUCCCACUAAGCCCAAACCAGAUGGGAUGGCGUAUCGCUGCAGAAUGCUGUGGUAGCAUGCUGGUUAAGUGUGAAUUUAAUUAUAAAUAAAUCACAGACUGUGUCACCAGCAAAGCACCCCCAAACCAUAACACCUCCUCCUCCAUGCUUUACGGUGGGAACUACACAUGUGGAAAUCAUCCGUUCACCCACACUGCAUCUCACAAAGACACGGCAGUUGGAACCAAAAAUCUCAAAUUUGGACUCAUCAGACCAAAGGACAAAUUUCCACUGGUCUAAUGUCCAUUGCUCGUGUUUCUUGGCCCAAGCAGGUCUCUUCUUCUUAUUGGUGUCCUUUAGUAGUGGUUUCUUUGCAGCAAUUCGACCAUGGAGGCCAGUUGAUGUUGAGAUGUGUCUGUGACUUGAACUCUGUGAAGCAUUUAUUUGGGCUGCAAUUUCUGAGGCUGGUAACUCUAAUGAACUUAUCCUCUGCAGCAGAGGUAACUCUGGGUCUUCCAUUCCUGUGGCGGUCCUCAUGAGAGCCAGUUUCAUCAUAGCGCUUGAUGGUUUUUGCAACUGCACUUGAAGAAACUUUCAAAGUUCUUGAAAUGUUCCGUAUUGACUGACCUUCAUGUCUUAAAGUAAUGAUGGACUGUCGUUUCUCUUUGCUUAUUUGAGCUGUUCUUGCCAUAAUAUGGACUUGGUCUUUUACCAAAUAGGGCUAUCUUCGGUAUACCCCCCUACCUUGUCACAACACAACUGAUUGGCUCAAACGCAUUAAGAAGGAAAGAAAUUCCAUAAAUUAACUUUUAACAAGGCACACCUGUUAAUUGAAAUGCAUUCCAGGUGACUACCUCAUGAAGCUUGUUGAGAGAAUGCUAAGAGUGGGCAAAGGGUGGCUAUUUGAAGAAUCUCAAAUAUAAAAUAUAUUUUGAUUUGUUUAACACUUUCUUGGUUACUACAUGAUUCCAUAUGUGUUAUUUCAUAGUUUUGAUGUCUUCACUAUUAUUCUACAAUGUAGAAAAUAGUAAAAAUAAAGAAAAACCCUUGACUGAGUAGGAGUUCUAAAACUUUUGACCGGUAGUGAGCAACUAUGCUGUGUAGUUAUAUAUACAGGGAACUGCCAACAUAGUGGAAACACUUGAGUAAGUGAGAUUUUACAAAGUAUAUUGAAAGCAGGUUCCUGUGUUAAUUAAGCAAUUAACAUCCCAUCAUGCCUAGGGUCUUGGAUAAACAUGCUGGGCAGGCCAUUAUUUUGGCUACCAUGGCUAUGCCCCCAUAGGAUUACAAUGCCCCCAUCCACAGGGCACGAGUGGUCACUGAAUGGUUUGAUGAGUAGGAAAAUGACGUGAACCUUAUGCCAUGGCUGUCUCAGUCGCCAGAUCUCAACCCAAUUGAACUCUUUUGGGAGAUUCUGGAGCAGUACCUGAGACAGCAUUUUCCACCACCAUCAACAAAACACCAAAUGAAGGAAUUUCUUGAGGAAGAAUGGUGUCGCAUCCCUCCAAUAGAGGUGUGGUGGCCCAACUCCCUAUUGAGUUGUGUAUGGGUUAGGGUUAGUCCAUAGUUGUGUAUGAUCAAACGAGCUGAUGUGUUUUUCUGUCGUAGGUGACAGUGAACGGGCGAGACUUUCAUAUGUUCAUGCAUCGUAUUCCAGUUGAAAGAGUCAAUGCCCUGCAGAUAGGAGGUGACGUUUCCAUCCAGACCAUCAACGUCAUCGGGGUGAGACUGGGGCAGGGGGGCAGGGAGCAGGGGGGCGGGAGGGUAGGGGCAGGGGGCAGGGGCAGGGAGCAGGGGAGCAGGGGGGCAGGGGGGGUAUGAGUAGGAGCAGGGGCAGGGAGCAGUAUUUUAACCCGCUUCAGGGUAGAAGUUGCCUUCUGUUGCCCACAAAUCUAGGGUCAGCAUACCCUUCCCAAAUCCUACAGGGAAGAUAAUUGCUCCAUCAUCUGUCAUUUGUAUGUUAAUUAAUUUGUUCAAAGCUUCGGGCAGCAGUUGCAACCAAAACAUGGGAUGAGAGAACGGGAGAGAAUUUAAAAAAGAAAAUAAUACAUUUCUCAAUAGUCUUUGCUUUUGCCCUUCUGUGUGCCAGGACACACACCACACACACACACCACAUAUACACCACACAUACACCACACACACACCACACACACACAUACACACACACACACACACACCACACACCACACACACACACACACCACACAUACACCACACAUACACCACACACACACACACACACACAAGAGGACAGAUGUAGCUGUGUAUCUGGAAUAAGCUGUGUAUUCUUCAGGGAGGAGGAGGAAUGGGAGGUGGAUAUCCUACAGGUGGAAUGGGAGGAGGCAACAUGGCGGUAAGUAUAUAUAUAUACACACUGUACAUUUAUCAAACCCACUAUCUACCAACUGACCAUACAGGACCACUGGAGGGCUUAGCACUGUAUGUGUGGCGUAACUGUACACAGAGAUAUAUAUAUAUAUACUCAUGAGUCUGUGUCUUAGUGUGUCAUAAACUCUGGAUAACAUUUGGUGUGUUUCCCACCAUCAACAGGGAGGAUAUCCUGCUAGCGGAUACCCAGGUGAUCAAAUGGGGGUAAGUUGGUACCACACUUGGUUACCUGUGUCUGUGUCAUCCAAUACCAUUACAUAUAUAUAUAUUUGUAUGUCUGUCAAUGCUUAUCAGGGAGGAUACCCCCAGGGUGGAGGGUACCCCCAGGGUGGAGGAUACCCCCAGGGUGGAAGGUACCCCCAGGGUGGAGGGUACCCCCAGGGUGGAGGGUACCCCCAGGGUGGAGGGAACCCCCAGGGUGGAGGAUACCCAGGUGGCAUGGGGGUAAGUCUGUUCUGUUCUCUAAUACUUCACUCUGUCUCACCCACAGGGUGGGGGUCAGUACACUAUCACCUGUGUGGUUGUAACAGUGGGAGGUGGUAUGGGGUCAGUACCGUCACCUGUUGUAACAGUGGGAGGUGGUAUGGGGUCAGUACCGUCACCUGUUGUAACAGUGGGAGGUGGUAUGGGGUCAGUACCGUCACCUGUUGUAACAGUGGGAGGGUGGUAUGGGGCUCAGUACCGUCACCUGUUGUAACAGUGGGAGGUGGUAUGGGGUCAGUACCGUCACCUGUUGUAACAGUGGGAGGUGGUAUGGGGUCAGUACCGUCACCUGUUGUAACAGUGGGAGGUGGUAUGGGGUCAGUACCGUCACCUGUUGUAACAGUGGGAGGUGGUAUGGGGUCAUACCGUACCUUUGUACAUGGAGUGUAUGGUCAGUAGUACCGUUGUAACAUGGGAGGUGGUAUGGGUCAGUACGUCACCUGUUGUAACAGUGGGGUGGUAUGGGUAUACGUCACCGUUAACGUGGGAGGUGGUUGGGGUAGUACGUAUGUGUGGUUGAGUGGUUGGGUAUGUAUGUUGUAGUGGGGGUGGUAUGGGUGUGUGUACGUGUUUGUGGGAUGUGUUGCGUACGUUGUUGUACAGUGGGUGUGAUGUGUCUUGUGUUGUGUGAUGUGUUUGACGUGGUGUUUUAUGUGUUAAUGGGUGUGGUGUGGGUGAUGUUUUGUGUGUGUGUAUGUGUUGUGUGUGUUGGGUGUGUGUGAUGUGUUUGGUGUGUGUGUGUGUGUUUGGUGUGUGUGUGAUGUGUUUGGUGUGUGUGUUUGUUGACUUGUUUGGUUGUGUUUUGUGUGUGUGUGGUGUUGUGUUGGUGUUGGGGAUGUUUUGUGUGUGUGUUGUGUGUGUUGGUUGUGUGUGUGUGUUGUGGUGUGAUGUGUUGUUUGGUGUGUGUGUGAUGUGUUUGGUGUGUGUGAUGUGUUUGGUGUGUGUGUGUGUGUUUUUUGGUGUUGUGUUGUUUUGUGUGUGUUUUGGUGUGUGUGUGUUGUGGUGUUGUUUGUGUGUGUGUGUUUGUGUGUGUUGUGUGUGUUUGUGUGUGUUGUUUGUUUGGUGUUGUUGUGUGUGUGUGUGGUGUUUGUGUGUGUGUGUGUGUGACGUGUUUGGUGUGUGUGUGGUCAGGGACAGGGAUGUUACCCUGGUGGAGCUGGAGGAAACCUGCCGGUCAUGGAUGGACAACCAAUAUACAACCCUGUAAGUAACAUCUCUGUGAGUCAGGAUGGAUUUGUUUUGUCCUAAGUAUACAUAUAUACAGUAUACACUACAUUCUGUCAGUGAACUGACUCCUGUCCUGUGUGUCACAGCCUGUCCCGUACUCCAGCAUGAUUCCAGGAGGGAUGUGUCUUAAGAAGACCAUCGUCAUCAGAGGCAUGGUGCCUCUAGGAGCUAACAGGUCUGUAGUACGCUAACCCCUAUCCCCUAUCCCCUAUCCCCUAACCCCUAACCCUAACCCUAUCACCUAACCCCUAACCCCUAUCCCCUAACCCCUAUCCCCUAUCCCCUAACCCCUAACCCCUAACCCCUAUCCCCUAACCCCUAACCCCUAUCCCCUAUCCCCUAUCCCCUAACCCCUACCCCUAACCCAUCAGAGGCAUGGUCCCUCUAGGACUAACAGGUCUGUAGUACGCUAACCCUACCCCUAACCCAUCCCCUAACCCCUAUCCCCUAACCCAACCCCUAUCCCCAACCCCUAAUCCACCCCAACCCCUAACCCACCCCUAACACCCCUACCCCUAACCCCUACAUCCCCUAACCCCUACCCCUACCCCUAACCCCUAACCCCUAACCCCUAACCCUACCUAACCCCUAACCCCUAACCCCUAAUCCCCUAAAACCCCUAUCCCCUAACCCUACCCUAUCCCCUAUCCCCUAACCCCUAUCCCCUACCCCUAACCCCUAACCCUAACCCUAACCCCUAUCCCUAUCCCCUAACCCCUAACCCCUAACCCCUAUCCCCUAACCCCUAUCCCCUAACCCCUAACCCCUAACCCCUAACCCCUAACCCAUCAGAGGCAUGUUGGUUCUAGGACACGCAGGUCACCCGUGAUACAAGUCAGUAUUCAAUGUCUAUCCAUGUCUGAUGAUGUCAGGAGAUGACAUGGAAACCGGCCACUAGGAUCAACAGUGAGUCUGCCUCUGAUUCCAACUGUCGCAUGUUCAAAUCCAGCGAUUGAAAGUUGUUAUUGAUAUUUUUGUUUUAAGCCUAUCCCAAACCUUCACACCUUACCUUAACCAUUCGGAGUUAAUGCCUAAACGUAACCUUAAACACUUCGAAAUUUGACAUUUGGAACAACUUCGAAAUUUGACAUUUGAGAAACAUGGAUGAACGUCUAAUUCUGACGUGAGACUGUGAGAGCUAGUAGAGGAGCUACCAGGUCUGUGGGUCCUCAGCCCGGUCUCAGCUCGGUCUCAGCCCUUCCCCCAGCUAUAGAAAUAUUGCUGUUGUAUUAUGCCUGUGUAUUUUACUGCAUGUGGGAGUGUAGACUAUAUGUUUACCGGUGGGCCUGUUCUGUUGUGUUGCAGGUUCUCUAUAAACUUUAUGGUGGGCGGCUCGCGGGACAUAGCGUUCCACAUGAACCCUCGUCUACAGGAGAGAGAGGUGGUGAGAAACAGUAUGAUUGGUGGGAGCUGGGGCAUGGAGGAGAGAGAGAUCAGCAUCAACCCCUUCCAGGCGGGACAGUACUUUGACGUGAGUACACAAAGCCAUGGAAUCUCACUUUUGUCAAGGUUCACAGGCAUGAGAUCUAUGGACAUAUAAUUGAUGUUGUCAAAGAUGACAACAUUCUGACUCGUUCCUCAGUUACUCCACUCUCUCUGUUCCUCUGUUCUCAGGUUGCUUAUUCAUUGCCCUUUUGGCUAUCUGUGUCAAGCUAGUUUUUUCUAGGUCUGUGUCCAAAAUGUUACCCUAUUCCAUAUACAGUGAACUACUUUUGACUAGGGCCUAUGGGGUGCACGAUGUAUGGAGUAGGGUGCCAUUUCGGAUGCAGACCAUGUCUGUGGACAUAUAUCAAAUACAAGUUCAAAGUCAGAUAAGUGUCCUUUCUGUUUGUCAUCACACUCAUUCCUCAUCAAGUCUCUAUGGGCUCUGUCUUUAUGAUUAUUUCUCUCUCUCUCUCUCUCUCUCUCUCUCUCUCUCUCUCUGUCUCUCUCUGUCUCUCUCUGUCUCUCUGUCUCUGUCUCUCUCUCUCUCUCUCUCUCUCUCUCUCUCUCUCUCUCUCUCUCAGAUGUCUAUCCGUUGUGGGAACCAGCGGUUCAAGGUGUUUGUGAACGGGCAGCACAUGUGUGACUUCUUCCACCGCUUCCAGAACUACAGCCAGAUAGACACCCUGGAGCUGGAGGGAGACGUGCAGAUCUCAUACGUACACUUCUGAGCCAACACACACACAAUACUACACACACACACACACACACACACACACAAUACUACAGACACACACACACACACUCUGGAUGUUCCACCAUGAUUCAACAUUGUACCUCUGUAAGCAGGUUGUUAUUAGAUGUUAAUUUGAUCCUAAGAGAGAGAAUCAAAGUAAUCAAACUACUUUAAUAAAAAUAAAUAUCAUACCCAAAA